UUAUUAAAUUUAUUGAGUAAAUAUUGAACGCAAAGGAUUGCUCCUCGUAAGCAUGACUAAUCCUUGAACGCGGGCCAGAUAUCAACACCGGGGAUCCGGCCUGACACUGCACGCCAAGGCAAUAGCUAAACUGUCCUUUCACUCUCGAUCUGUAGAAACCAGGUACAACGACGUCUCUACGUUGUCAACAGAUCCGAUCAUUGUUGGAUAUCGAACUCAAUUACACCUUAACCAUGAAUACCACUACUUUCUAUAGCAGACAGAUUUAUCCGUUGUCAUAAAACGCUUGACUUUGAAUAGAGGAUCCGCUGUAAGAUAUCAAUAUGGCGGAGAAGCAUGGGACUUUGGUAGUUCAACUCCUCAAGGGUGAGAAAUACACUCCACCGUUUGUCACCCAGACUUCUGAACAGGAUGCAAAGAUGUAACAUGUUUAAUGUCACACCAUGAGAAACAAUUCAAGCGUAGGUAACCGUAUGAAGUGAAAAAUAUACUCUAUGAAAAAACAUAGAAGCUUAAAUAAUCAGAAGAUGAGAAGCUUUUGUGUUGACAGUAAGACUCGUGUAACUGAUGGCUGUGGUGCGUGGUGGGCUCAUCUCCAGCCCGAAGUCUCCCUGGAGUAAAGCCGGGGAUCUAGGAUCAGAUGCUUCCUUACCCGAGACGCUCCUCCAGACACCAGAACAAGAUAAACGAGAGCCCAGUGUCAUAUCAGAAGACGCUAGAACAAUGAGCUUACGAGGAGACUACCGCGUAACUCCUUACAGAUCAAGACGAGAAAGACGAAAUCAAACAGGUCCGUAUUCGACUCAAAGCAUCCCUGCAGUUCGCCGUUUGCAGGAGUCACGUCGGAGGCAUCUGGACGACGACAGGUGGAGCAGGGCCACGGGCAGAGGGUCAGAUGUCCCGCCGGCUAAUUGGCUGGACAACAGAGGGCCAAGUGGACCCGAGUCAGAGGUCAGGAGGUCUCGGAGUUAUGAUGUCAAGCAUAUCGGAUUUGACCCCGACACAGGGUUGGAUUACGUUGAGACGAAAAGGGGGACUAGGAAAUACCUUGGAGAACCUUCCAGAAGAGAACCUACUGUGCACCCUCGGUAUAGUAAUGCCAGAACUGGGACGGUUGCUACGGAGUGGGACUUUGUGGACGACCCUACUAUUCGUAGUGAGUAUCAGCAGCAGCAGAGGGAGUAUAAACCGCGGAGAGAGUUCAAACCAACUCGGGUGUAUGCUAGACGAUUGUCAGACCCUCCAAGCGUGGCAGGAGUACCAGCCAGUUCUGUGGAUAGUGUAGAGAACUUCAAAGGGUCUGAUUUGGGUGCAAAAGAACCCAAGCAAGGAGAGUUCGUGCCACAUUGGGGAUACUACACGGAAACUCCACCUAGCCCAGGUCAGAGUGUUCUGCCUAGACAAGGUUCGGUGUUAGAUCCAAAUUACAGAUCCAGGUCACGGGAACUAGACAGGAACCUUCUCUCGCCGAGGUCGUUGUCAAAGAGUAUGGUUCCAACGCACGGAUCGACUCUGACCAGUCCUUCAAUGAGGGGUUCGGUGAAGGAGCUAGAGUCAGAUGAAAGUGGCUUCCAUGAACCUACGAGGAAGCACCAGGGUCAGGCAUACCCUGGUAGCGGGAACCAUGCCUCGCCCGACUACCGACCCAACCCGUAUCAGAGGGGUUCCCAGGGAGGUUACCAGAGGGGUGCGGCCGGGCAAGGCUAUACCCAAGGAGGAGGGUAUCAGCAAGGGGGUGGUCGCACCGUCCGGUUCAACAUCAGCAGAGACAAGGGAGGAGGACCAAGAAAAUGUGAUCCAGCCUACAUUUGCACGAUACUCGGAGUCCUCAAGCUUGCCGAGUUUAUCACAAGCGCCAUUAUCACUGGAGUUAGCCAAGCUGACCCAGACGUUUGGUCGUUUGAUGUCUUCAUCUUGUUCGUGGGUGUGAGUGGAAUGGUGCUAGCUGUAGGCUCAUUCAUCUUCAGAUUGUUUCAUUGGGAAGAAUCUGCACAUCUCGGAUGCCUUUGGUUCGAGUUUUCCUGUCAUCUAGUUGUGGCUAUCUUAAUGUUCGUGGCAGCCAUCCUGUCAACGUUGUCAGCCAGUCUUGCAAGCUCCAUCGUUGCACUAACGUUUUUCUGUUUCCUUGGAGCCGGAUUGUUCUCUGUGGACACAUUCAUCCUUGGGUCCGCCGUUGCCAAACAGGGAAGAGAAUCAAUGGACGGCCAAGGUCAAGGUCGAAACCAAGGGCAACAACCCAGGGGCGGUGGGUACCCGGGGCAACAGCAGCAGGGUGGUCCACAAAGGGGUGGAUAUCCAGGCCAGGGUGGUCCUCAAGGAGGUGGAUAUCCAGGGCAGGGUGGUCCCCAAGGGGGUGGUUACCCGGGAGGGCCAAACAAACCUUACCCUCAACGUCGUUGACGACAUGACAAGAUAGGUUUAUGAUAUUUCUUGACGUAUGGAGGGCGGAUUGUGUUGCCUAGGUGAUUUAGCUCAGUUAUUAAGAGUGUUUUCCUCAGUUAACUCAGUGAUUAACAAUGUUGUACCGAGAGAACACCAUAGAGAUCACUGAUACAGUGAGAAGACUAUCAAAGCUUUCUGGCCUUACAGAAAGUAUAGAUACAGUUGGGGAGAAUAUGUUUUGAAGCAUUGGAGAGAAUACGCAUUGAAACAGUAGGGGGACUACGUAUGGAAACAUUCGGGAGUGUACGUAUUGAUCCAUUGGGAAGAAUACGUAUUAAAGCUUUGGGAGAAUACGUAUUGAAGCAUUGGAGAGAAUACGAAUUGAAGCAUUGGAGAGAAUACGUAUUGAAACACUGGAGAGACUACGUAUUGAAACACUGGAGAGACUACGUAUUGAAGCAUUCGGGAGAGUACAUAGUGUGCAUUGGGAAGAAUACGUAUUGAAGCAUUCGGGAGUGUACGUAUUGAUUCAUUGGGAAGUAUACGUAUUAACGCGUAGAGCAUUUCAUGGAAGCAUUGCUUGCUAUAUAGAAGCAUAUAUAUGUGUAUAUGGAGGCACUGUGAACUAUUAGGAAACUACAAAUAUAUGCUGCUAUUGAGCAUACAUAGGACUGAUUAUGAACACAUAAGUAGGAUCUUGACAUUGUCAAACAUGGCCAUUUAUUGGAAGAGGCGUGGCUGAAGAGCAACGUAAUUACCUAUCAAACUGUCACUAAAGAAUCAUUUCUGAUGUGUGUAGUUAAUAUUCCAUUAGUCGCACCCUACAUGCCAGGCGUCCCUAAGUCGUGUCAGGAUCCGGUGAUUAUGGAUUCGAAUCCCAGAUUCGCCCCGAUUAUGAUCCUUGGAUUGUAAUCAACAUCCCCAUGCUCGUGGGUUUCACCAAAGUGGUAAACGUCUAAGGCUUUCCAUCCACAUCGAUCUGACAGGCCAUGGCAUAACUGGUAUACUGUCCAAAGCGGUGUUCAACAAGACACGCGCACUCUAGACAAGUUGCGCUCAAAUACCCAUUUAGGUGCCGUUUCUAAAAUUGGCUCGAAAAGGUAUGAUGUACAUUUCAACACACCUUUUACGCUCGUCGACUUGACUUGUCAUGAAAUGCCGGUAAAUUCUGGCAAUUUACCAACAGUGUGAACAUUCCCGUUAUUUGUGAAUUGUCUCUGUGUCCGUUUAUGUUAAAAAGCAUUGACGUGUGAGGUGUGUGUGUCUUUAUCGACUUCAACUGACAUAACCUUAUAGUGUCAAGGUAGACAUGUAAAGGUGUGUGUAUCUUUAUCGACUUCAACUGACAUAACCUUAUAGUGUCAAGGUGUUAUUAUUUCUGUGAUGAAUAAUUGAAAUAAAUGU